AUGAGCAGCGCAAACGAGGUGAAUUAUGUCUCGAGACUGGUCCCUCGCUCCGAAAAGGUCUUGAAUGGGCUAAUCAUCGCGACAUGCUUCAUCGACUCAGUGAUGACCGGAUUCGACAGCUCCAUCAUGGGAGGAUUAAACGUCAUGGACAGCUAUCAAAGCUACUUCACAUUGAGCACCGCGACAUAUUCGUUGAACACUGCGAUCUCCUACGUCGGCGGCUGCAUCGGUGCUCUUUUCGCUGGUCAUCUUGUUGAUAUCAGGGGCCGACGCGAAGGUUUGCUGAUAGCGGCUGCAAUCUGCUGUGUCGGAGCAGUCAUCCAAGCUGCGGCUAUCCACAUCGCUAUGUUCAUCGUCGGACGUUUCAUCAUUGGAAUUGGUAUGGCAAUCGCAGCAACAGCCUGCCCAAUAUAUGUUGCUGAGUGCAGCAAACCGUCCCUCCGUGCGUUUGCCAUGGGCUUGUACUAUGGAUGUUGGGGUGUUGGCACGCUGCUUGCUAAUGCAUCCGAAAGCUGGUCAUCAUCAUGGGCUUGGCGACUACCUAGCCUGAUACAAACCGUGCCCAGUCUCGCUGCCAUGAUAGUCAUCGUAUUCAUUCCGGAGUCGCCUCGAUGGUUGAUCAGCCGCGACCGGCAUGCAGAGGCCCUACAGGUCAUCGCUAUGGUCAACAGCAACGGCAACCGCGAAGACCCGACUACUGUUAUUCAGUACAGGGAGAUUUCUGACACCCUUGCUUGGGAGAAAUCUGAAGGGAGACAGAUGACACUUGCCCAGGCCUGGAGCACUUCCGUCAACCGAAAGCGAAUUUCGAUCGCAGCAAGCUACUCAGUCAUUGUCAUGCUCUGUGGAAAUAACACCAUCACCUAUUACUUCGGUGUGAUGAUGUCCCAGGCCGGAGUGACUAAUGUACGCACGCAGUUGAUCAUCAACAUCAUCCUCACGAUAUGGGCCUUGGCGAUUUGCGUUGUGACUUCCUGGUAUUGCGACUUUUUCCCGCGGAAAGUACUUUGCUGUCUGGGACUUGGAGGCGUUGCCGUCUUCAUUUACAUGCUAGGGGCGCUCACUUCUGUGUAUGGCGAGUCCGACAAUAAGUCUGGCAUUUAUGCUACAUUGGCGAUGAUCUUCCUCGUCAGAGGUGCGUAUUCCUUUGGAAUUCAACCUCUCACGGUGCUCUAUCCGACAGAAAUUUUGUCUUACCAAAUCCGCGCCACUGGUAUGGGUUUCUACACAUUUACAACCAAGGCCUGCGGCCUUAUCUCAACAAUGGGGGCUCCGUUCGCACUGAGGAAUAUCGGUUGGAAAACAUACAUGAUUUUCGGCAGUGCAGAUGUCAUUAUGGUCAUCUUGGUAUGGGUAUUCUGGGUUGAAACAAGAGGCCUAACGCUGGAGGAGGUCGAUGAAAGGUUCUACGGCGUUAAGCACUCAGACGUCCCGGACCUGAAGGACGUGAAAAAGGAGGGUGCAAAUCCUAAACUGAUUGACUCUGUGAGUGUCGAUGAAGAAGGUGGGAUCCCAUGCAAUGAGCCAGCUGAGAAGAUUCAAGCGAUGCCUGCCAGAUAG